GAAGAGUAAACAUCACAUCUUUCUAUCUUUGACAGAAACCUUUAAAUAAAUAACAUUAUAACUAAUUCGACACCUAGUCCAUUUGAUAAGAAACUACUCAAUUCUCUACUAUUUUACGAAAAAUUUAUGUUUUCAGUGUAUUAAGAAGUUUCUGUGAUUAAUCAAGUACCUAUAGUUUAAAAAAUUAACAAUGAGUAACAAGACUGGUAAUACAGGAGAAAUAGAUCCUAUACAGGAGGAGCUAGCUGGUCGUGUGCGAGAAGUUGGAAACCAUGCAAUUUGGAGUCUGUCCAGUUGUAAGCCUGGCUUUGGCGUAGAUCAAUUGCGCGAUGAUAUAACAGAGACAUAUUGGCAGUCUGAUGGACAACUUCCACAUCUGGUAAACAUUCAGUUCAAAAGGAAAACAACGAUUCGUGACAUAUGUAUAUACACAGAUUACAAGUUAGAUGAAAGUUAUACUCCCAGCAGGAUAAGUAUUAGAGCAGGUACAAAUUUUAAUGAUCUCCAAGAAAUAGAAGUAAUGGAUUUGAAUGAACCAAGUGGUUGGGUUAUCAUUCCCAUAAAGGACAUAAAUGAUAGACCUAUUAGGACAUUUAUGAUACAAAUAGCAGUAAUAAGCAACCAUCAGAAUGGACGAGACACGCACAUGAGACAAAUUAAAGUUUAUAGUCCCACACAGGAUGUUCUUGGACCACCUGCUCCCUACAUUGCAGGCCACUUCCUUACCAACGAGUUUUUGCGUUAUGCUACAGUUAGAUAAAGAAAUAAUCGUUGUGCAAGAAAUUGUAAUAACAAGGAAUAUUAAUGAAAUAUUCAUUAGAGUUCAGUUACAAUGUAAAAUUGUAUGUUACACACAUAAUUCAUAUAUAUACGAAUUUGAAUUAAUCCUGUUACCUGGAAGGGGAAAAAAUGUAAACAUGGAAUGUAAAGACCACCUUUUCAUCUAUGAACUAUUUCUAAUUGUGAAUCAACAUUCUAAGUAACGAGUGUGGAAAUAUGAUAUUAAAGUUUUUCCUUAUUUUAGUAUUAA